AUGGUACAAGAAAGUUUCGAUUGUUAUCUGUUAGACAUCGAAGGUACGAUUUGUCCAAUUUCGUUUGUCAAAGAAACGUUAUUCCCCUUUUUUUUACAAAAUCUAUCAAAGAUAAUUGAACAUCCAACAGAUGACCAAUUGACAAUAUUAUCGAAAUUUAAUAUCAAUGAUUCCACCGAAUUGUACAACCAUAUCAAUAAUUUGGUCUUGAACGACAUUAAGGAUCCAAUAUUGAAACAAUUGCAAGGUCACGUGUGGCAAGAAGGUUAUGAAAAUGGAUUGAUUAAAGCACCAAUUUAUCAAGAUUCAAUUGAGUUUAUCAAAGACAAUGGGAAUCGAAUUUACAUUUAUUCUAGUGGUUCUGUGCGUGCGCAAAAGCUGCUGUUUGAAUUUGUUGCGUGCAACGAUGGCAAAGAGACAAUUGAUUUGAGACCAUCCAUACUAGAUUAUUUUGACAUCAACACGUCUGGUGUCAAGACGGAGAGCUCAUCAUAUGACAAGAUAGCCAAAACGAUCGAACAUUCAGAACAUAGAGAAAGGAUAUUGUUUUUAAGUGAUAAUCCAAAGGAACUUGAAGCAGCAAGCUCAGCAGGCCUGUCCACCAGACUGGUAAUCAGACCAGGCAACGCGCCUGUAGAGGACGAUACGAAAUAUACAAGCAUUAGAUCGUUAUCGGAAUUGUAG